GCUUCUCAGCUCUUGCCGCGCCGCCGCCGCCGCCGCCGCCGCCGCCGCCGCGGUAAUUGGGGGUCGGGGAGAGGAGGAGCCGCUGAGGUCCCCGUGGACUCCGUCUGCGUCGCUGUUUUUGCCUGAGUAGUCUCCUUUCCCACGUCCCAGCCUGACUCCCGUGCUGUCGAGGGGGAGUCCCUGCGGACACCUCUGCACGCAGUGGAGAUGCCUCUCUUUGCCACCAAUCCCUUUGAUCAGGAUGUGGAGAAAGCAACCAGUGAGAUGAAUACUGCUGAAGAUUGGGGCCUUAUUUUGGACAUUUGUGAUAAAGUUGGUCAGUCUCGCACUGGACCUAAAGAUUGUCUUCGCUCUGUUAUGAGGAGGGUGAACCACAAAGACCCUCACGUUGCUAUGCAGGCUCUGACUCUUCUAGGAGCAUGUGUAUCAAACUGUGGCAAAAUUUUUCACUUAGAAGUAUGUUCAAGAGAUUUUGCUAGUGAAGUAAGCAACGUAUUAAACAAGGGUCAUCCUAAAGUGUGUGAAAAAUUAAAAGCUCUUAUGGUUGAGUGGACAGAUGAAUUUAAAAAUGAUCCACAGCUCAGUCUAAUAUCAGCAAUGAUUAAGAACCUGAAGGAACAAGGAGUUACAUUUCCAGCUAUUGGCUCUCAGGCUGCAGAACAAGCGAAAGCAAGCCCAGCUCUGGUAGCCAAGGAUCCUGGGACUGUGGCUAACAAGAAAGAAGAAGAAGAUUUAGCAAAAGCCAUCGAGUUGUCCCUGAAGGAACAGAGGCAGCAGUCAACCACCCUUUCCACUUUGUAUCCCAGCACAUCCAGCCUCUUAACUAACCACCAACACGAAGGCCGAAAAGUUCGUGCUAUAUAUGACUUUGAAGCUGCUGAAGAUAAUGAACUUACUUUUAAAGCUGGAGAAAUUAUUACAGUUCUUGAUGACAGUGACCCCAACUGGUGGAAAGGUGAAACCCAUCAGGGAAUGGGCUUGUUUCCCUCUAAUUUUGUGACUGCGGAUCUCACUGCUGAACCAGAAAUGAUCAAAACGGAGAAGAAGACGGUACAGUUUAGUGACGAUGUUCAGGUAGAAACAAUAGAACCAGAGCCAGAACAAGCCUAUAUUGAUGAGGAUAAAAUGGACCAAUUGCUGCAGAUGUUGCAAAGCACAGAUCCCAGUGAUGACCAGCCGGAUCUUCCAGAGUUACUUCAUCUUGAAGCCAUGUGUCACCAGAUGGGACCUCUCAUUGAUGAAAAGCUGGAAGAUAUUGACAGGAAGCAUUCAGAACUCUCUGAACUCAAUGGGAAAGUGAUGGAGGCACUUUCCUUGUACACCAAGUUGAUGAAUGAAGACCCAAUGUAUUCCAUGUAUGCAAAACUACAGAAUCAACAGUAUUACAUUCAGUCAUCUGGUGUUUCUGGUUCUCAGGUAUAUCCGGGCCCUCCUCAAAGCGGUGCUUACCUGGUUGCGGGGACCGCACAGAUGAGCCACCUCCAGACCUACAGCCUCCCCCCAGAGCAGCUGUCUUCCCUCAGCCCAGGAGGCGUCCCACCGCCCGCAAGCCCAGCCCUUCCUAGUCAGCCGACUCCGGCCUCUUACACUAACACAAUGGUCAGCUCUGUUCAGGGAAGUACGUAUCCCACACAGGCUUCGGUGUACAGUCCUCCUGCUGCCGCCGCGGCUGCUGCCACCACCACCGAUGUCACUAUAUACCAGAACGCAGGAACUAGCCUGUCCCAGAUGCCAAACUAUAACCUAACGUCAGCGCUGCCCCCGAGCGGCGGCCAGCAGCCACCUCCGCCCCAGCAGCCGUAUUCUCAGAAGGCCCUGCUAUAGAACUUGGGAUUCCUCCUUGUGGCAGAUACCUGCUCCGUGCCGAUGACUGCGUUAGGAGAUCCUUUAAUAUCUUAAGAUGUGUCCAUCCUCAGCUUAUAGGAAUCGUCCCUUGGUCAGCAGGUUCCACGACUCAAGAAGGUAGAACGUUCUUCAAUUUGCACUGACUUUUCAGAGGUUCUGCCCUCUCCCCCUCCCCCAGAGAAAUGAAACUGCUCACAGCAUUUAAUUCCUUUCAUAAUACGAAAGCAAUCGAUGCAAGAUUAUUUGUCUCAUAAAAUUACCUGGUCUGCAAAAGGUCGAACUUAACAAACACUGUUGUGGCAAAUGUUAUGUACAUAUCUUGCUGUGUAACUUCACUAGUGGCCAUUUUGAAUCACAGUGGUGAUCAUGUGAAUAUAUUUAACACUGUUAAGUUAAUGGACGUUGCAAUUUUAUUUUAAUCAUGAACAGCUACCGUGUUUCAUAAUGCUUGUGUAAAUUUAACUUAAUCACACUCUCCUUUUAAAGGGCAAGAGAACCAAGCUGUAGCAUAUUUACCUGGGGGCAUUAUGCCCUCCACGUUUCAGUUUCCCAUUAAACUGACCCUUCCUUUGACUAAUUGUGAGCUAAACAUGUAUAUUACGUUGUCCUGUAGCCUCUGCAUACUACUCACUGUCAUCACACCAGCGUACAGUAGCUAAAUUUUGGGUGCAAUUCUAGCAAAUGAUGAUGUUCCCUUUCAAACUUUUCACAUUUUGGCAUGAUAUUUCAUAACAUUGUGGGGCCGUGAGACAAAAUUAAGUAGGACCGCGUCCUUCCUAUCUUUACUUUUAAAGAAAUAAUGUUGAUUUGCCUUUUCCUAGUUGAAAGUAGUAAUUAGGUUUCUAAGCUGUAUCCUGUGUUCAUCGGUGGCAGUGACACCAAAGAUAGAGGCAGUGAAUAGAAGUUUUUAAACUGGAAAGAAAACAUGAAUUACACUACAUUUUCAAAGUCUCUUGUAACUAUUUAGGCUAUAAACAAAAUUUGAGUCCUCUGUCUUGUUCCACUACUAGCGUUUUACAUAUGUCUUUAACACAUUGUAUCCUUUAACUCUUCAUUAAAAUGGAUGUAAGUAGA